UAGUUAUUAAAUAGUUAAUUUUAACCCUUUAUUUACCUCCUCCUCGGCUCCUCCUGUCAAUUUUUAUUUUCUAGGAUCACCAAUUCACCAUGGGUAGGAGAUCCACUAAAACUACAAAGACUGGCAAGUUUAUGAAUCCAACGGACCAAUGGAGAAAACAAAUAAGAAAAAAAGAAUUAAAAAAGAACAAGCAGCAAAGAACUGCAGUUAGAGAAGCUGUCUUGAAGAAUAAGAAUCCGAUAACUUUAUUGUCAGAGAUCGAAGAGAUAGAGAAAAUGGAAAUUGAGGCAGGAUCAGAAGAAGUCCUGCCAGCUGAGAAAGGGCUUAAAGAAAAAAAGAGGAAAUUACACGAGACGCUUCAAAGGAUUAUCCUUUAUCACGAGCGUCAAAAUCCUGACGAAGCAAAGAAAAUAAAAGCUUUGGUGGCAGAGAGUGAAAAGAAGAGAAGAGCUAUGUCAAAAGUGUACAACUCUUAUAGAACUGCGAGGUCACAAAUAAGUCUCUCCGAUAUCCCAUUACCAGAAGGAGCAUCUGCAUCAGAAGACACCAGAUGGGACUCUAUGGGUCAAACUUCUCCUUCUUCAUUGCAUCCACCAGGACCACCAUCUGGUCUGCCUCCUGACCUUGUCUUUCCUCCUGUCAUAACUUACGAUGAGCUCUACCCCCCAGAGGAAGAGAGAGACCAAGAGCAAGAAGAAGAAGAAGAACAGGAGGCAGAGGAUAACAGCAGUGAGGAGGAGGAGGAGGAAGAGGAACAUCAGAGAAGUGAAGAUGAAGAAUCGGAUCAUGAUGAAAGUCAAGAGAGGAUAAGACCUCCUCCCCCUCCCCCUGGCCUGCCUCCUGGCUACUCUGUACUGCCCCACCCACUUCCUCUCUUUCCUCCUUCCUCGCAGUUUCCUCCUCCACCUUCUCUCCAACCCCCACCUCAUGAAGGAUCAACCAAUCGCUUCCACCCUCCCCCUCCAUUAUUCAACAAGUCUUCUCCUCAUAUUCAGUCUUCCCCAAUGCCAUCAAGCCAAAAAGCUAAUCCUGUUAUCUCUGCACAGCCUCAGUUACGUAACGUUCAGGCUGAAGUAACUAAGUUUAUGCCGACGUCGCUGCGAGUUAGACGAGACCAGCCCAAAGGAGUUAAAGCUAAGCUCAGAACUGCUGGUGGUUUAGCUGGUAAAGGAGGGGAAGGGAGCCUAAGCAAUCCCUUGUCAUCUUCUACAAGCAAGCCUGGGAUACAGGGAGACGCUUAUAAAGCAUUUAUGGAAGAAAUGCAAGGACUAUUGUAACGAUUUUAGUAAUAAAAUAAUUGUAUUAGUUAAUAAAGAAAAGUAAAAGAAAAA